AAAGCCCUCUUGACUUGCAGUCAACUGCAUUUUGCAUCGUCCAAUUGUUCGCCAACCGCCCGAAGAGGCCUUUGCAACAAUGCUUAAGCUGCCCUCCAUCACCGCCGCCCGCGGGCCUGCCGCGCUGCACGACCGCACUACCUUCGCACCUGGCAUGGCGCGCUCACAGAUCAGCUGCCUUCGGUCGACGCGGGCUGCGAACGUCCACCCUCAGACGGCCUUCACCAGCGGCGCGAUGGCCCCUCGCAUGCGCACCUCAACCACCCUAGCACCCACCCGGCGCUCUAUCCAGCCCCUCACCUGCCGCGCCUCCCUCACGGAGGCUGCUCCCGGCAAGACCGUCCUUGGCUUCGUGGGCAUCGGCAUCAUGGGCCUGGCUAUGACCCGCAACCUGCUCAAGGCUGGCUACGAGGUGGUGGUGUGGAACCGCAACCCGGACAAGUGCAAGCCGCUGGCGGACGAGGGGGCCAAGGUUGCCUCCACCCCCCGUGAGGUGGCGGCCGCCGCCACCUACACCUUCGCCAUGCUGUCAGACCCGGAGGCGGCGCUGGAGGUGGCCACGCGGCCGGACGGGGUGGCGGCGGGCCUGGCCCCCGGCAAGGGCUACGUGGACGUGAGCACGGUGGACGCCGCCACCUCGCGUGCGGUGGCUGCGGCGGUGCGGGGCGCGGGCGCGGCCUUCCUGGAGGCGCCCGUGUCGGGCAGCAAGGGGCCGGCGGAGCAGGGCAAGCUCAUCUUCCUGACGGCGGGCGACCAGGCUCUGUUCACCGCCGUGUCCGCCCCGCUGGACGUGAUGGGCAAGGCCAAGUUCUUCCUGGGGCAGGAGGGCGCGGGGGCCAACAUGAAGCUGGUGGUCAACAUGGUGAUGGGCUCCAUGAUGACCAGCUUCGCGGAGGGGCUGGCGCUGGCGGAUAAGGUUGGCCUCCGGCAGCAGGAUGUGAUCGAGGUGGUGGGUCUGGGCGCCAUCGCCGCGCCCAUGUUCGCGCUGAAGGGCCCCUCCAUGGCGGCGCGCAGCUACGGCCCCGCCUUCCCGCUCAAGCACCAGCAGAAGGACAUGCGGCUGGCGCUGGCGCUGGGCGACGAGGUGGCCCAGCCGCUGCCCAUGGCCGCCGCCGCCAACUCGCUCUACAUCGCCGCGCGCCGGCAGGGGCUGGGCGAUGCGGACUUCUCAGCGGUCAUGGAGGCGGUCGCGGCGCAGCAGCAGCAGCAGCAGUAAGACAAGAACGAGGAGCAGCUGCAGCAGAGGAGAGGUGGCAGCGAUGGCGGCAGGGUCAGGUGGUUGAUGACUAUUGUAAGAUGUGGUCGUAGUUGGGGGGCGGUGAUGCAAAUGAGAGUAAACGAAGGAGAAGGAUGAGGAGGAUGUCCGAGGCGAUCGCGCAGCGGGCGGCAACGUGCGGACGUGAGGGUUGGCUAACGAUUACUAAAGGCUUUGCGCUUGUGAGCGAGCGAGCGAUGAGGAGCGGUGUUCUAUUCUUCGUCUUUUCUGAAAAUGGAAAGCUGAGUAUGGGCGAUGUUUCGAGCGUGACGUGCGGGCUGGCUAUAUUGGAUGCCGCGUGUCCGCCAACCGCACAUUGAAGGGUGAGUCCGCUGAAACCAAGUUACCUUGCGUCACAGUACCGACACCGUGCAUACGACGACGUUAGUUGCCCAUUAAAAAGCGUAGCGGUGCAGUUUGUUGUAAUCAAGCCCGCCUGUCAAGAGUCAACCGGUGCUACUUGGAGAAUGCCCCACUUGCCGUAGCGCAAGCAAGUCAGA